AUGCGCUCCGACCCAAAAGCACCCAUGGAAGACCUCAACUUCAUCCUCAUCGAUCGCUCCGGCGCCCUCGUCUCCGAAUGGACGCGCGCCUUUACCGAACAUAUCCAAGACCGCGCCCUCCGUGCCAGGUUCACACCUCUCACCUUACACAGCGGUGCGCUCGCCGAUCUCGACGCCGCGCACAAGCAGUUCGAUUGUGUCGUGUCGCCCGCUAACUCGUAUGGGCGCUUAGACGGCGGGAAACCAUUGUCGCGAUCCCCUACAAUGUUUCGAAGUGAAAUGACAGCGUUGCUGACGCGGUUUUCCCAACCCACGUUCUUCUAUCCCAUCCUCAGAUUCGAUCAAGCAAUAUCCGAUGCACUCUCACCCACUGACCCACACCUCCCGACGCAGCUCGCGCAAUCGCUCCUCUACGACCGCUGGAAAGGCUACGCGCCGCCGGGGACAUGCACACUCCUCUCGCUCGCGGAUACAUCCUGCACUCCAAAUGCACACGGAUGCGCGUACAUCGCACUCUGCCCGACGAUGCGCGUGCCGCAGGACGCGACGUGGGAUAGGGAGGUCGUGUACAAUACGAUGUGGGCGUUGCUCGUGGAACUGGAGAAGCAUAAUCGCCAGGCUGUUGCGUCGGGCUCCAGGGAAAGCUCUAUCAGCAAUGUCCAUGAUGGAAUAUCUGGGGGUGCAUCGGACGGUACAUUAACCAAAGAAUUGCACUCAGAAAGCCCAUGCACGCCAAUACGAACGGUGCUGAUGACCGGCUUUGGGACAGGCACGGGAAAGCUAUCAGCGGCGCGCUGCGCGCAGCAGAUGGCUCUGGCUGUUGAACACUUCGCCGACGCUUGUGCGCAUCCGCGUAAAUGGAGCGCCCUCGAAUGGGACGACGCGUUUUCGUACGCAGACGAGGUGAAGCUGACGCAUACUCUGUAG